ACCUCGGGACCAAACGUUUAGACAAAAUACUUGUAAAAGUGCUAAGUUAAAUAUUUCUGAGUAAAGAUACAAAACAGAGAGGGAUAUAUGUGUUUGGUUUCUUUAAAAAAAAAAAGGAAUAAUUUUGUGUGUUGGUGUGGAAAUUUGUUUCAAAUUCAAGAAACUUAUUUACUGUUCGGAAAUUCAAGAAUUUGGAUUUCAAAGUAAUUACGACUAUUAUAAAGUUGUUUUCUUCUUACAAUUUGUAUUUUAAAGUCAGGAGAACGUACUUCUUUAACCAAGAACUAUGGGCCAAGAUGCAAGUAAAACAUCAGGAGACCAUAAGUAUGUUAGUAUUCCUGGAAUGAUCCGCCACUGGUCAGGCGGAAAGUUCAUUCAUCCAAUGGGAGGCUCGGAAAAUCCGGACAACGACACCAAAUUGGUAAUUCACGAGGCGACCCACCCCAACAUGAGGUUCCGCUUCGUCCAGUUCGAGGGUCCCUGGGGCUACAUAGAGCACGUCGCCAGCGGCAAGGUCGUGCAUCCUCAAGGCGGCAGCAGUGACCCAGGCAACGGCACGGCUUUGGUUUUACACGAGGCCCGCCACGCCGGGGCGCUGUUUGCCUUCGACUACGAAAACCACCUCAUACAACACCGCAGCAGCAAAUACUUCCACCCCGAGGGCGGCAACGUCAGCCCCCCCAACGACACUGAGCUCGUGCUACACGAGGAUGUCCACGACGGCAUGCGAUGGGUUGUGGUCACCGUCGACAACGUCGAGACGCCACUCUACAUGUGAUGACAUUCUGUCGCUAAAAUAUUUAUUUUGUAUCUGAUCUCCGUUUACCCUUUCAUCUUUCAGUGUUGUUUGUAGAACAUAACGUGCAUACAUGUGCAAUAACAUCCGUUGUAUGUAGAGCAUCUCAGUGCGAUUGUUAUUUCUAUGUCAAGCUGCAGUGACGGGAAUAUUUCAUACUGCUCUCGUUACUAACUGAAUGUUGCUGCCGGAUUAUAAAUAGUGAUCAUAA